GAACCUCGAUUGGGAAACACUGGGUUAGUUACUCGUCUGACCAAUGUGUUUAACUUACUCUCCAUCAUCACUUUUAUUCUGAGUAACAUUCAUUAUUCACACAAAAACUACUUACACACCAAUCCUCACUAAUAUCAGGAUACUCGCUCUCAUUAAGGGAAAACCAGAAAAAAUACAUUUCUGCAGAUAUUUAAGUAAACUUACUCAGUGUAUGAGUUCUGCUUCUUUAUCUAAUGAUCUGCUGAGUGUUUCUAGCUCCUGUUAUUUUAUUUUAGUUUAUAUAUUUGUAUAGAGCUCUGACAGUUGUUCGUGCACAGCUGAAUGAAGUCACGAGAUAAUAAAUGAAGGUAAUGAAAUGAUAAUGUGUGUGAUGUAGAUUUUACCAGACUGUUAAUUCUGUUCUCUGUAUUUGCAGCGUUUUCAGGCUUAUACUUUCAGUAUUUACAGGCCUUUGCUCGAUGGAUCAGAAAGCUGUCUGAUAACAAACCAUAUCUCUGUGUGUGUGUGUGUUUAUUACCCUACCUCACUGCCCCUCCCCCUCUGCAGAAUAAACGGUUCGGAAGUGAAAGUGAAAGUCAGUCUCCAUUUUGUGUGGAGGGGAAAAUACACCAUUUCAGGAGUAAAAACACAGUGAGUAUCUACAUCUAAAGCUAUAAUAUAUAAACACACUGAAUGUACACUAGAUGCAGAAGAGUUUUGUGGGUUUGUACUGAAGUUUGAAUGUACACAGGUUGUUUUAUGACUUGAUACAGAGACUAUUUCCUGUAAGUGAACUCUGUGCUGAUACAGGGUUUGAUUUAACACACCGAUGUUGGAGUGAAGUAAACGUGUGUCCUGCUGUAAUCUGGAGAUGGAGACAUGACCUCCAACAUGAGUGUGUCUGGAAAACAGGACUUAAAGAGAGACGAGAGAAUGAUGGAGGGAAAGAGAUCAGACUCACCAGAACCCAGCUGUGUGUCCAUGAAGAGUGACACGUCAAUGCAUCAUCCAAUUCACUUCAGAGACGGAGCCAGUUCUCCUGAUGUGAGACCACAACAGAAGAAAUCAAACCUCAGCAGAAAUCAGUUGGACUCCAUAUUCCAGGAGCUGGAACACAAAGUCAUCACUCUGAUAAAGAAUGAGCUGAAGAGGUUUAGGAAGCUCCUGAGUCCAGGUUACCCAGCAUGCACUGAGAGGGAGGUGCAGGAUGAGGAGGAUCUGCACAGUGUCAGAGAGGGAGCGCUGAAGAUCACACUGCACGUCCUGAAGAACAUGAACCACACAGAUCUCGCUAACACACUGCACAACAAACUCGCCUCUGUGUAUCAGACAGAGCUGAAAUCCAGCCUGAGAGAGAAGUUUAAAAGAAUUAAUGAAGGAAUCUCACAGCAUGGAAGCUCAGCACUUCUGAAUGAGAUCUACACAGAGCUCUACAUCACAGAGGGUUGGAGUGGAAACGUCAAUAAUGAACAUGAGGUGAGACAGAUUGAGACAGCGUCCAGGAGACCAGCAACACAGGAGACACCCAUCAAAUGUAAUGAUGUCUUUAAAGACAAGUCCAUCAGAAGAGUGCUGACUAAAGGAGUUGCUGGAAUUGGAAAAACAGUCUCUGUGCAGAAGUUCAUUCUGGACUGGGCUGAAGGAAACGCAAAUCAGGACGUCACCUUCAUGUUUCCACUUCCCUUUAGAGAGCUGAAUCUGAUGAAGCAGGAACAUCUCAGUCUGAUGGAUCUUCUUCAUCACUUUUUCCCUGAGAUGAGAAAACUACAAUUAAUAGACUCCUACAAAGUGGUGUUGAUCUUUGAUGGUCUGGAUGAGUGUCGACUUCCUCUAAAUUUCCAGAAGAAUGAGAAUUUGUGUGAUGUGACAGAGUCAGCCUCAGUGGAUGUGCUGCUGACGAACCUCAUCAAGGGGAAUCUGCUUCCCUCUGCUCUCCUCUGGAUAACCUCUCGACCAGGAGCAGCCAAUCAGAUCCCUCCUGAGUGUGUAGACCAGGUAACAGAGGUACGAGGGUUCAGUGAUCCUCAGAAAGAGGAGUACUUCAGGAAGAGGAUCAGUGAUCAGAGCCUGGCCGAUAAAAUCAUCUCACACAUGAAGUCUUCAAGAAGCCUCUACAUCAUGUGCCACAUCCCAGUCUUCUGCUGGAUCUCAGCCACUGUUCUAGAGAGAAUGUUGGGUGAAGCAGAGAGUGGAGAGAUCCCCAAGACUCUGACUCAAAUGUUCACACACUUCCUGAUCUUUCAGAUCAAACACAAGGACCAAAAGUACCAUCAGAAAUGUGACCCUGAUCCUCAGCAGACUAGAGAGAGUAUCCUGGCACUGGGAAAACUGGCUUUCCAACAGCUGGAGAAAGGAAACCUGAUCUUCUAUGAGGAAGACCUGAGAGAGUGUGGCAUUGAUGUGAGAGAAGUGUCAGUGUACUCAGGAGUGUGUACCCAAAUCUUCAGAGAGGAGUUUGGGCUUCACCUGGGGAAGGUGUUCAGCUUUGUACAUCUGAGUGUUCAGGAGUUUCUGGCUGCUUUAUACACAUUUCUCUCCUUCAUCAGCAGAAAUGUAACAGAACAACCAACCACUGAUCUGUCUGAUCUUCUCAACAAGUCAGACAUGUCUGAUCUCCUCAGGAGUGCAGUGAACAAGGCCUUACAGAGUGAGAACGGACACCUGGACCUGUUCCUCCGCUUCCUUCUGGGUCUCUCACUGGAGUCCAAUCAGACUCUCUUACGAGGCUUAAUGCCACAGACAGGAAGCAGCUCUCACAGCAAACAGGAAACAGUCGAGUACAUCAAGGAGAAGAUCAGGGAGAACCCAUCUCCAGAGAAAUCCAUCAAUCUGUUCCACUGUCUGAAUGAACUGAAUGAUCAUUCUCUAGUGCAGGAAGUACAGACUUACCUGAACAGAGGAGGUCUCAGUCGUCUCAGUGGAACCAGACUCUCUCCUGCUCAGUGGUCAGCUCUGGUGUUUGUGUUACUGAACUCAGAUCAGGAGCUGGAUGUGUUUAAUUUGAGUAAAUAUGACCCAUCAGAGGAAUGUCUUCUGAAGCUGCUGCCAGUGGUCAAAGCCUCCAGAAGAGCUGAGCUGUGUCGGUGUGAUCUGACAGAGGAAAGCUGUAGAGUUCUGUCCUCAGUUCUCAGAUCAAACUCCUCCAGACUGAGAGAACUGGACCUGAGUCGCAAUAACCUGCAGGAUUCAGGAGUGAAGCUGCUCUCUGCUGGACUGGAGAAUCCACACUGUACACUGGAGACACUGAGGCUGCGUGGGUGUAAACUGACAGAGGAAAGCUGUAGAGUUCUGUCCUCAGUUCUCAGAUCAAACUCCUCCAGACUGAGAGAACUGGACCUGAAUCACAAUAACCUGCAGGAUUCAGGAGUGAAGCUGCUCUCUGCUGGACUGGAGAAUCCACACUGUACACUGGAGAUGCUGAGGAUGUGUUACUGCAGUAUUACAGAUGAAGGCUGUGCUGCUCUGGCUUCUGCUCUGAGGUCAAACUCCUCAUCACACCUGAGAGAACUGGAUCUGUUCGGUAAUAAUCCAGGAGAAUCAGGAGUGAAGCUGCUCUCUGAUCUACUGAAGGAUCCACACUGUAACCUGGAGACACUACACAUUAAGUAUAAUAAACUCAUCAGGACGGCGUAUGACAGGAGUCUCACCUCAAACCUCUUCUCCAGGAUAAAGCAGUUUUGGUGAAGAGUUAGAACCCGUCCCACAUUUCCAGCAGUUUGGGAGCUGAAUCAUUAAACUUAAAGGGGCAGAGCAGAAACAAAGUCAAGAACAGGCAGAAGGUCGUACACAGGAGAAAUCAACACACGUAACCAAAUAUCUGCUGUACAAAGCAACGGCACCGGUCUGCCCCGGGGAUGGAGACUGACGAGGCUUAAGUACACGUCCGGAAAUGUACAGCCAACUCAUCCCAAAUGCGGGAGCAGGCGUGUAUGAGAUGUGAUCAUCCAAUGGCAAGCCGGAACAUGACGCAUUGCAGUGGACUGGGCUUAAAAGAGGAGGAGACAAGACACCCAUCCCUCCCCCGACAUAGACACACGAAUGGAACAUAGUACAAACAGAAAUACAACUGAGGACGUAACAAUGGCCAACUAUCAAAUAAAAUGUAAACUUGCAUUGAUGAAGGUAACAUUGUUAACAUUGUUGUUAGUAAUUGUUUAUAAAUUACCAUGGUAACACAGAGCUCCAAGGUAUAAAAAUAUGGAGUUUGUCAUCAACCAAACAGUAACCAGUUUUAAUACCUAUAAAAGUUUACGUAGCAAAAUUUAGCAAAGCGCUUUACAGUAAAUUAAAAUGUAAAAUUAAACUAAUGAAAUGUUGUGCAGCACAUGCUUAUGUUAAUGUUUGUUACAUUAUAUGAUCAUAUAAAUAAAUAAAUACUCCCAAAGUCA